UCACUCAUCCCAUCAGUGUCCUCACCACGAGACAAAAGAGAAGGACAGAGAUACCCGUAAUCAUCUCUUUGUCCUUUAGAUUUUUCAACCCUGCCUCUUAUGGUAGGGGCCGGUCUAUUAUAUAAGUCUAUGGUUGUGCUACUGUAUAUACUGUGCCCAUAGUUUGCAAGCUUUGCAACAUUUGGAUUUGUUUGUGUGUGCGCUGAAUUCUACCUAACAUGGGAAAGGAAUUCGGAAAUCUUGCCAAAAUUAAUGGCAUUGUUUAUUUCCGUCUUAGUCCAUAUGAACAAAAACCCUUCAAGGGACUAAUCUCCGAAGGUGUACCAAACAUUAUACGACGUUUCCAAAAUCGUGUAUUUCGAGUUGCACCUAUAUUCAUGUUUUCCUACUUGCUUAUAAAUUGGGCAAAGGAGAAGAAUCAAGAGCUUAGUCGCAAAAAUCCUAAGGAUUAUGAAAAUGAUACAUAAAAUAUAUGAGUAAAUAAAUUUUAGCUCGAAUAAUAUAUAAGCAUAUCUAAGUAGUACAUUGUAAGAUACUAAUCUUGAAAUAAAAAAAUAAAUUA